GAAAAAUUUCAGAUUUUCAAAUAUCAGAUUCAAAGGAAAAAUAAAAAAAAAGUUUUGUGGGUUUUGACCAGAGAGAGUCAACGAAGAAGAUGUCUUCUAUCAUUACGGAAUCGUCUCCGAAUCUGUCUCUGCUGGAGAAUGGCGGAGGAGAAAGUGAUAAGCCGACGACGGAGAUGUCUAGGCGCGUGCAGAGAACGUUAUCGGCGUCGUCGUUGAUAAGGAAGAGAUCGGAUCUGAAGCUGAUCUCGAGAGUACGUUGGGAGUUUCUGAGACGAAUCUUGACGAAUCUUCAAGAAGUUGUUCUCGGCACCAAAUUGUUCAUUCUCUUCCCGGCCGUUCCUCUCGCCGUUGUCGCUCACCGCUAUGAUUGUCCACGUGCGUGGGUCUUUGCGUUGAGCUUGCUGGGAUUGACACCUUUGGCCGAACGUAUCAGUUUUCUCACUGAGCAAAUUGCUUUCCAUACCGGUCCAACAGUUGGGGGAUUAAUGAACGCGACAUGUGGAAACGCGACGGAGAUGAUAAUAGCGAUUCUAGCGGUUGGACAAAGAAAGAUGAGAAUAGUGAAACUCUCACUUCUUGGUUCUAUUCUCUCCAAUCUUCUCUUCGUCUUAGGCACUUCUCUCUUCCUUGGUGGCAUCUCCAAUCUCCGCAAACACCAAUCUUUCGACUCAAGACAGGGAAAUAUGAACUGCAUGUUGUUGUAUCUGGCGCUGUUGUGUCAAACACUACCAAUGAUAAUGAGAUUCACAAUGGAGGCUGAAGAAUACGAUGGAUCAGAUGUUGUUAUGUUGUCAAGAGCAAGCAGCUUCGUGAUGCUCAUUGCUUACUUGGCUUUCCUCAUCUUUCACCUCUUCUCUUCUCAUCUCUCUCCUCCUCCUCCUCUCCCUCAGAGGGAAGAAGAAGAGGACGUGUAUGACGAUGACGUGAGUGACAAGGAAGAAGAAGGAGCCGUAAUUGGAAUGUGGAGUGCCAUUUUUUGGCUUAUUAUAAUGACACUUCUCGUUGCUUUGCUCUCAGAGUACCUUGUCUCCACUAUCCAGGACGCAGCAGACUCGUGGGGAUUAUCAGUGGGAUUCAUAGGAAUAAUAUUAUUACCAAUUGUUGGUAAUGCAGCUGAGCAUGCUGGUGCUGUCAUCUUCGCCUUCCGUAACAAACUCGAUAUAACUCUUGGAAUUGCUCUUGGAUCUGCAACACAAAUUGCUUUGUUCGUGGUACCAGUGACAGUGUUAGUGGCAUGGAUAAUGGGAAUAGACAUGGACCUUAACUUCAACCUUCUUGAGACCACUUGUCUUGCCUUGUCCAUUAUCGUUACUUCCUUAAUACUACAGGAUGGGACGUCGAACUAUAUGAAAGGCUUGGUUCUUCUCUUGUGUUACGUUGUCAUUGCGGCAUGCUUCUUUGUCUCUAAUUCACCCUCAACCGAAACCGAUACAGCUAAAGCUAAUCAUACAAUAGCGAAAAGGUAAGUUAUGUUUAAUAUCAAAUAAUAAUGAACAAUUCUU